GAUGAUAUAAAUACAAUUUCAGAGGUUACAUGUUUGUAUUUUUCAUACUUAAUGUGUCAGAACUUCAGUAGCUAAAAAUGAAUAAAUAAUGAAAUCAAAAACUAUUAAUUUAUGUUCCAGAAUUGUUAUAAUUGACUUUAACUUAUCAUAACAAUCUACAUAUUUGGUUUGACAAUCAAUUAAUUUGCAAUUUUGAUAAAAAGAGAGAAAAUGUGAGGUUUCCUGAAGGAAAUAAACGUUCUUCCUGUCUAAACUAAUUUCUCUGGAUCCUGCUGAGUUAAAGGUUUGGAGUUUUAUGUGGGGGACAGAUGGUGGGUGGAUCUGAUUGGCUGUUGAUGAGGAAGUGGGCGGGGCCUGGUGUGUGUAUUCUGUCAGAGUGAAUCAGGGCUCAGAGGGAUGCAGCAGCAGCAGCGAUGGCUCCCAGCCUCACUCAGGAGUAUCUCCAGAUCCCCGUGGUGACCCGAACCUACAUGACCGCCUGCGUCCUCACCACCGUGGCUGUGCAACUUCAAGUCGUCUCCCCGUUUCAGCUGUACUUCAACCCAGAGCUCAUCAUCAGUAGAUACCAGCUAUGGCGCCUGAUCACCAGCUUCCUCUUCUUCGGCUCACCUGGAUUCGGUUUUCUGUUUAACAUCAUCUUCCUGUAUCGGUACUGCCGCAUGCUGGAGGAGGACAGCUUCAGAGGAAGAACAGCCGAUUUCGUCUUUAUGUUCCUGUUUGGAGGAAUCCUCAUAACUCUGCUGGGUCUGUUUGCCAACAUCGUCUUCCUCGGCCAGGCCUUCAUCAUCAUGCUGGUGUACGUCUGGAGUAAAAGAAACCGGCUGAUCCUCAUGAACUUCUUCGGUCUCCUGCACUUCCAGGCUGCCUUCCUACCCUGGGUGCUGGCGGGAUGUUCGCUGCUGCUGGGAAACCCCGUCACCGUCGACCUGCUGGGCAUCAGCGUCGGACACGUUUAUUACUUCUUAGAGGACGUGUUUCCACACCGGCCGGGAGGAAGAAAGCUGCUGACGACACCGGAGCUGCUACGGAUCGUGUUUGAUGGACCUGGAGGACGCGACCAGCACCUCCUCCUCCAGGAGGAGCAGCAGGAAGGAGAUCUACAGCCGACUGAGGAGCAGCACAGCUGAGAACUCCAGACCUGCUGAAAUCAGGAGCAAUCAGCGACCAGAAGAUCACGACGGAGACCGAAAAGAGGACCAAACUAACUGUUUGGAGAGAAGUUCUCUCUUUACUCACAGCAUAAACUACAGGUUACCAAAUAUUCUCACGUUAAAGGUCCCAACUUAUUUUCUAAAGUAUAAAUUCCCUUAUAAUAGUAUCCACAUUGCUUCUCAUUUGAUCACAUUUCAUCAACAAUCCUUAUUUUAUUUAAACACAAAGUCAUGCGAAACUUAAAAUGAAAGGAAAGAAACAGCAUCAUGGAGACCCAGGAA